CCAACUCCUAAACAACGGAUGUAAACAUUGAAGAAGAAGAAGACGAGUUCGCUACAAAUGCGAUGUUCAAGCCCACAAGGUAUCCUAAAUUGUGAAGAUGCCUGAAGCAAGUAAAAUAUUUUCACCGUACAGAGCUGUUGGGCUAGUCAGCAACGAACUGCCAUUAGUGGUAAGGUAUAUUAAGCGUAGAAAAGAAAAUCUCAUUGUUACGGUCGUAGGUAACACUUUCCAUACCUAUGGUGCCACGAAACUCUCUCUCCUUAGCGUGGGCAAUCCUCAUGCUCACCCUAUUUUUGCAGUGAGCGCUGAUACUUACCACAUUUAUACAUCCAGUAAUAAAGAUAUAUAUGCUUGGCGCCGAGGAACUGAACUGAAACACAAGUAUGUUGGCCAUAAAAGCGAUGUUCAUCUUAUGCUACCCUUUGGACCACAUCUUAUUGCGGUCGACAAAUCAAAUAAGAUAUGCAUAUGGGAUAUAAAGCUCGAAACGCUUCAUAUGGAGAUGGAAUUCCAGAGGAGUUCCUUUGAAAUCUCGUCAAUCGCUCAUCCGGCAACAUACCUCAAUAAAGUAUUACUCGGUAGUAAACAGGGCAAAUUACAAUUGUGGAAUCUUAACACUUGUAAAAUGGUUUACUCUUUUGAUGGAUGGGGUUCUGAGGUGGUUCUUAUGGAGCAAGCCCCAGCCCUGGAUGUUAUGGCAGUUGGUUUAGAAAACGGUAGAAUUAUUUUACAUAAUCUCAAGUUUGAUGAAACUGUUGUUGAAUUCAAACAAGACUGGGGAAAAGUGACUGGAAUUGGUUUUCGAACUGAUGGUUUCCCAGUGAUGGCUACAGGUAGUGAAUUAGGACACAUAGCUUUAUGGGAUCUUAAGGAAAGACGGUUGCUGUCACAAGUUCGCGAUGCUCAUGCAGCAUCUGUUACAGGCCUUAAAUGUUUGCCAAAUGAACCUUUGAUGGUUACUUCGUCUCCAGAUAACACUCUUAAAAUGUGGAUUUUUGAUCUUCCUGAUGGUGGUGCAAGAUUACUGAAUAGGAAAGAAGGGCAUGCAGAACCUCCAUUGCAUGUAAGAUUUCAUGGCAGCCAUGGAGAUACCAUCAUAACAGGUGGUGAAGAUUCGACUAUGCGAAUGUUUUCUACAGUUACUGAGAGACUGGAUAGGAGCCUAGGACAGGCAUCAUAUAACCGUAAACCUGGUAAGAAAAAUAAAGGUGCUUCAGAUGUGAAAAGAAUGCCACCAAUUCUGAGUUUCACUUCGGAAACUACAAGGGAAAGUUCAUGGGAUAAUGUUGCUGCAAUUCACAGAGGAAAACCAUUUGUUACAACGUGGUCUAGUCGCUUCCAAAGGAUGGGAGAACAUAAACUUGUACAUGAUCGCUUCACUAAAGGGGAUUUUAACACUGCUGUUGUAACAAGUUUAGAUUUAACUGUCUGUGGUAAUUUUGUUAUAGUUGGUUAUGACUCGGGACACAUGGAUAAAUAUAACAUGCAAUCAGGAAUUCAUCGUGGGUCAUUUGGGAUUCCAACAGCGCAUAAAGGAAGUGUGCGGGCUGUUGUUGCUGAAGGAUUAAAUCACUGUGUUAUAUCUGGCGGACAAGAUGGUGAAUUAAGAUGGUGGAGACUUAAAACCUGUAGAGGUCUGAAAAAGUUAGAAAUGGGAGAGGCUGUUUCAAAAAUGGCAUUGCAUCGGGACUCAGGUCUUUUGGGUGUAAUUCUUGAAGAUUCCAGCAUAUAUAUAGUUGAUGUAGACACCAAGAGUAUCGUUCGACAUUUUUACGGCCAUCACAUGCAGGUAACUGAUAUUGCAUUUAGCCCAGAUUCACGAUGGCUUAUAAGUGCUUCUCUUGACAAGACUGUUAGAACUUGGGAUAUACCCUCUGGCUCAUGUGUGGAUUGUUUUACUGUCCCUGUUCCACCAUUAUCAAUAGCAAUGUCUCCCACUGGAGAUUUUCUUGCAACUCUACAUACUGACCAUCUUGGUGUGUACUUAUGGUCCAAUCAGGGAUGCUUUCAUCACCUCUCACUUCGUCCAAUUGAAGAAAAUUUUAAACCAUCAUUGAUUGCUUUGCCUUCUACUGCUGCUGAUGUUGCCCAGAUGCCCUAUAAAGAAGGGGAGGAAGUAGAGGAAAUUGGAAUUGAGGAAUUAGAAUUAGAUGAUGAUGAAUAUAAGUCUCCAGAACAGAUAUCAGAAGAGCUUGUUACUCUAGCAAAGAUACCAACUUCAAGAUGGCUAAACUUACUCAGUAUAGACAUCAUUAAGAAGAGGAAUAAACCAAUAGAGCCUCCUAAAAUACCAAAGUCUGCUCCAUUCUUCUUACCAACUGUUCCAGGCUUGGAAUUUAAAUUUGCUGUUCCAGAAGAAGAAAAAGGUAAUGAGACGUCAAAGGUUAAGCCUGCUUUUUCUUUUGAAAUUUUGACUGCUUUUGGAAAACAUCUGAAAAAUGAAUGUUUUGAAGAUGCCUUGAAAAUGUUAAUGGAAAUGGGCCCCUCAGGCAUUGAUGUAGAAAUUCGUGGACUAGAUCCUGAUACUGGUGGUUCAGUUGAUUUGUUAGUUAAGUUUCUGGAUAUGCUUGAAUAUGCAUUAACAAAACAGUGCUACUUUGAAGCAGUGCAAGGGUACUUAUCCCUUUUUUUGAAAAGACAUGCUGAAUUUGUGAUUAAAGAAAAAGAUGUUAAUGAUAAAUGUGAAAAGCUGUCCAUUGUUCAGGGUAAUUCAUGGCAUGAAUUGUGUGAUACUUUUAAUCAAACAUUGUGUCUAGUGUCUUAUUUAAAAAAUGCAGCUCUCAUAAAUUACUGAUGUAUCAUUUUAAUUUUCUUGUACAGUAACCUAUUUUAAUUGCUUUAGAUUCAGUAUUUUGUUGUAUACUACUGUACAGUGUUUUUGUAAAACUUUAAAGUUAUUAAAAGAAGUCUUUUGUAAA